UAGAUACACAGCUAACACAUUUUCUCGGACUGGCGAUUUUAUAAUUCGCAAAUUUUCAAUUUUCCAUUAAAGUGAAUGAAAAAAAUACUUUAUCUUGAAAUAAGCAUUUCUAAAUAAUGUUUUCGAAUUAAAUUAAAAGAAAACGAGAGAAAAUGUUAUUCAAAACAAAAAUAUUAUUUUGGUGCCAGACAACGGCCUUGCUGUUAUUUGGGUGCCUAUGUGCGACCUCGAACGGUCAAAUCGUGGGUCAAGCAUCCGUAGGAGAAUUGUACACCUUUAAAAUAGAACCGUCCAUGUUUAAUUGGACCCAUCAAGUGAUUAAUGAACAAUUUCGUUACACUCCGUCAUUGAAAUCUUAUCCCGAUUUACCAUCAUGGAUGCGCUAUAUGUAUAGCCACGAACAUCAUGCCGGUUUUCUGUAUGGUACACCACCGGGACGUUUGGCUGGAAAGAAAAUUACGUUGGAGAUUGUGGCAUUGAAUAAACAAAACUAUGAAACAAGGACGGCUCAGUUGGAUAUAACAAUUGCAUCUAAAUUCCAUGCACCCAAUGUGGUUCAAAUGAAAAUCGACAAUUUAAAUUGGGUACACCUAAUGGAUCCGGGGAGAGUGGAAAAUUUACGUAAUAUUUUCCGCAAAGAUUUGUGGCCAGAAAGUGAAUCGGAUUUAAGUUUAGUUUUUAUGGAAUCGGCCGUGAAUAUGGGUGGACGUUUGCCAUUAAGGCCCCAGCAGCAUGAGGGCGUUAUUGUACAUUUGGGAAGCUUUGCGAAAUUCUCAGAUCGCCUAAAUCAACUGCAGGAGGAAGUACGUCCACUAUACAAAUUACCCUCAUGCACAUAUAAACGCACUUCGGUACAGAAAAUAUUUGAAAAUGUUGGUUUCAAAUUGGAUUGGUGUGCUUUCAAGAUGGUGGGCACCGAUUCAGCCCCAGAAGUUCUACAUCAUAAUCAUGAUACAGCUGCCAAUGGAAAUCAGAAUAAUAAUAACAACAAUAGAGUUAUUGGACAAACUGAAAUGUUAAAUUUGAAAAGGCGAACUGAUCGUUGGCAUGGCAUGGCUCGCGAGGAUGUUCCCAUUCGAAAUUAUAUUGAUGAAUUUGCAUUUGCCUUUGCCAUACCAACGGUUUUAUUUGGACUGCUAUGUGGUAUUCUAACGGCCACGCUAUGCUUCAGACAUCAGAAAUUACACGAUCCAAAAUCGGAAUUCUUUUUUGAUAACAUUUUUCAUAUCUGCGAAGAAGAAUGUUUAGAAUCGUCGCCUGGUUCUGAUACUGAUUCAAAACAAGAUCAUGAAAGUUAUAAGGAAACCUAUCCUACAACAUCGUCCACAGUUCAAAUGGUACAGUAUUCCGAUACAAAUUCUCAACCUGUGACCACACUUAAGAGCCUUAAAGACCCGAAUUGCUUGUUGGACAAUACAAGUGUACGUUCCCAAAGCCCCACUAGUUUCUAUCAAACUGAAAGUCCAUCUAACACAUAUCUAAGGCCCAAACCUCCUCCAUAUAAGGGGGGCACUUUAACACGCAGCGGCGGUGUGGAUAUAUGACAACCAACUUCAUCUGGUCCCCGUAUUCUGUACUGUUAAGCGGACAAUUCAAAAAAAUCGAGAACGAACAGAAUUAUACAUAAUCACAUUUUAUAUCAAUACUCAGUAUGAAAUACAUACAAACAUAUAUGAAUGAAUAGAAGAACUAUUAUCAUCAUCUAUAUCUAUAUGGAACAUAUAUUUCUUGUAGAUGUUAACCAGUAGAGAUUAUUAUUAUGGUUGCAAUUUAUUAAUUAUCAAUUUUAUAGGAAAACAAUAAUAAAGAAUGCUUUGAAACCUA